UUCAGCAGCAUGGAUCAGUGUGAGGACAGAGAGGAGGGAGCCCCUCCCACUAAAAGAGCCAGAGAGAGCCAGACCAAAGCUCAGAGGAAGAAACAAGGAAGUAAAUGCAAACAUGAACCUGAACCCAGCUGUGUGUCCGUAAAGAGUAACCGUUCUAUGAAGGCAGUAGUUGAUUUUAAAGACCAGCCUCUGUCUGCUGCAGAGAGCAGGAUCAACGAGAGACCUGCUGGACUUGAACCUGGACCCAGCUGUGUGUCCUUAAAGAGUGAUCAGUCUAAAUAUGACCGUAUUGAUUUUAAAGGACUGCAGUCGUCUGCUGCAGAGAGAGUGGACCAGGAGAGCUCAGAGGUUCCUAGUGGUCAGUCUGCCCAGCAGCCUCAAACCCACCUGGACUCCAUAUUUAUGCUGCUGGAGGACAACAUCAUCACUUUUGUGAAGAAGGAGCUGAAGAAGAUCCAGAAGGUUCUGAGUCCAGAUUACCCAGAAUGCUUACGGAGUCAGAAAGAGGAUGAUGACCAGAGGAAGAGCAACAGAGAGGCAUUUGUGAAGAUCACACUUAACUUCCUGAGGAGAAUGAAGCAGGAGGAGCUGGCUGACCGUCUGCAGAGCAGAACUUUGAGUGGAAUUUGUCAAUCUACAUUUAAAUCUAAUCUGAAGAAGAAGUUCCAGUGUGUGUUUGAGGGGAUCGCUAAAGCAUUCCAGGUUGUGUUCAUCUUUGAUGGUCUGGAUGAGUGUCGACUUCCUCUGGACUUCCACAAAACUACAAUCCUAACUGACCCUAGAAAGUCCACCUCGGUGGAUGUGCUGCUGAUAAACAUCAUCAAAGGGAACCUACUUCCCUCUGCUCGCCUCUGGAUAACCACACGACCUGCAGCAGCCAAUCAGAUCCCUUUUGCAUAUAUUGACAUGGUAACAGAGGUCAGAGGGUUCACUGACUCACAGAUGGAGGAGUACUUCCGGAAGAGAUUCAGCAAUGAGAUGAACGCCAACACGAACAUCUCCCACAUCAAGACAUUUCAAAGCCUCUACAUCAUGUGUCACAUCCCAGUCUUCUGCUGGAUCACUGCUACAGUUCUGGAGGAUGUGCUGAAAACCAAAGAGGGUGCAAAGUUUACCCUGACCUUGACUGACAUGUACAUCCACUUCCUGGCGGUUCAGGACAAAGUGAAGAAGGUCAAGUAUGAUGGAGGCGCUGAGACAGAUCCACACUGGAGUCCAAAGAGCAGGAAGAUGAUUGAGUCUCUGGGAAAACUGGCUUUUGAUCAGCUGCAGAAAGGAAACCUGAUCUUCUAUGAAUCAGACCUGACAGAGUGUGGCAUCGAUAUCAGAGAAGCCUCAGUGUACUCAGGAAUGUUCACACAGAUCUUUAAAGAGGAGAGAGGAUUGUAUCAGGACAAGGUGUUCUGCUUCAUCCAUCUGAGUGUUCAGGAGUUUCUGGCUGCUCUUCAUGUCCAUUUGACCUUCAUCAACUCUGGACUCAAUCUGCUGGAAGAGGAACAACAAACAACAUCCAAGAAGUUCACAAGAAGUAAAUCUUUCGAAAUGCAAUUUUUUUUCCAGAGUGCUGUGAACAAGGCCUUACAGAGCCCAAAUGGACACCUGGACUUGUUCCUCCGCUUCCUCCUGGGUCUUUCUCUGCAGACCAAUCAGACUCUCCUACAAGGCCUGCUGAUACAGGCAGGAAGUAGCUCACAGAGCAAUCAGGAAACCAUCCAGUACAUCAAGAAGAAGCUCAGUGAGAAUCUGUCUGCAGAGAAAAGCAUCAAUCUGUUCUACUGUCUGAAUGAACUGAAAGAUUGUUCUCUAGUAGAGGAGAUCCAACAGCGCAUGAGAUCAGGAAGACUCUGCACAGAUGAACUGUCUCCUGCUCAGUGGUCAGCUCUGGUCUUCAUCUUGCUGUCAUCAGAAAAAGAUCUGGAUGUGUUUGACCUGAAGAAAUACUCUGCUUCAGAGGAGGCUCUUCUGAGGCUUCUGCCAGUGGUCCAAGCCUCCAACAAAGCUCUAUUGAGUGGCUGUAACCUUUCCGAGAGAAGCUGUAAAGCACUGUCCUCAUUUCUCAGAUCCCAGUCCUCUAAUGUGAGAGAGCUGAACCUGAACAAUAAUAACCUGCAAGAUUCAGGAGUGAAGUUUCUGUCUGUUGGAGUGGAGAGUCCACAUUGUAAACUGGAAUCUCUCAGACUUAGAGGUUGUAACCUUUCAGAAAGAAGUUGUGAAGCUUUGUUUCCAGUUCUCAUAUCCGAUUGCUCUAGUCUCAAAGAGCUGGACCUGAGUGACAACAAUCUGCAGGACUCAGGUGUGAAGCAUCUGUCGCUUGCAGCAACGAAUCCACACUGUAAACUACAGACUCUAAGAGUGAGUCAUGGUAAUCUCACAGAGAGAAGUUGUGAAGCUCUGUCCUCGGUUCUCAACUGCCAGUCCUCUAGUCUGAGAGCGUUGAACCUGAGUAACAACAACCUGCAGGAUUCAGGCAUAAAGCGUCUGUGUGCUGGACUGAAGAGUCCUCACUAUAAACUAGAAGUUCUUGUACUGAGUGACUGUGACCUCUCAGAAAGAAGUUGUGAAGAUCUGUCCUCACUUUUCAGUUCAGAAUCAUCUAGUCUGACUGAGCUGGACAUUAGUAGCAAUAACUUUCAGGAUACAGGAAUGAAGCAUCUCUGUAUUGCACUGCACAGUCCAUACUGUACACUCAGAAUUCUCAGAUUAAGGAGCUGUAAUCUCUCAGAGAGAAGCUGUGAAGAUUUGUCCUCAGUUCUUAGCUCCCAGUCCUCUAGUCUGAGAGAGGUAGACCUGAGUAACAACGACCUGCAGGAUUCAGGAGUGAAGCUUCUUUCUGUUGGAGUGAAGAGCUCAACUGAGAUGAAAACUCUCAGACUGAGUGGCUGUAAACUCUCUGAGAUAAGCUGUGAAGUUCUGUCCUCAGUUCUCACCUCCCAGCCUUCUAGUCUGAGAGAGCUGUACCUAAGUGACAAUGACCUGGGCGAUUCAGGAAUUAAGCUGCUGUCUUCUGGAGUGAAGAGUACACUGUGUAAACUGGAAAUUCUCACACUGUCAGGAUGUCUGAUUACAGAUCAGGGCUGUGAUUCUCUGGCUUCAGCUCUGGAGUCCAACCCCUCCCAUCUUAGAGAGCUGGACCUGAGCUACAAUCAUCCAGGAGACACAGGAAUGAAGCUGCUCUUGGCUGGAUGGAAGAAUCCAGCCUGGAGACUUGACACUCUCAGGGUGGAGCCUGCUGGGCGCCAGUGGUUGAGACCAGGUCUGAGGAAGUAUUCCUGUCAACUCACAAUCGACACAAACACAGUGAACAGAGAACUCAAACUGUCUGACGACAACAGGAAGGUGACACGUGCGGAGGAGUAUCAGUCAUAUCCUGAUCAUCCAGACAGAUUUGAUUGGUAUCAGCUGCUGUGUAGAAAUGGUCUGACUGGUCGCUGUUACUGGGAGGUCGAGUGGAGAGGAAAAGUUGAUAUAUCAGUGAGCUACAAAAGAAUCAGAAGGAAAGGAGAGCUACUAGAUAUUAAUUACUGUUUGUUUGGGUGUAAUGAUCAGUCCUGGAGUCUGGAGUGCUCUGCUGAUGGUCCUCAUUGUGUCAGGCACAAUAAGAAGCAAAUUCUUAUUCCCAUCUCCUCCUCCUCCUCCUCCUCCUCUGUCUCUAACAGAGUAGCAGUGUAUGUGGACUGUCCUGCUGGCACUCUGUCCUUCUACAGCGUCUCCUCUGACACUCUGAUCCACCUCCACACCUUCAACACCACAUUCACUGAACCUCUUUAUCCUGGGUUUCGAUUAGGGUACAGCUACACUGGUUACCUCUUCUCUGGUUCGUCAGUGUCCCUGUGCUGAGUUGAGUGUAAAGAGUGUCCUCCUGUUAGAGAAACACUCUGACUGUUGGACAGAUAGUUCAGUCUGUACAUGUCUGUCUCUUUCACUCAGAAACACGUUUUCAGAUUCAUGGAUUCAAUCAGUUGAUGUUUUAAACUGUUCUAAAUGAUUCCUUGUAAACUUCUUCCUCUUCAGUCCUUUAAAGAUGGAAGCUCCCAUUAUUCCAGGAUCUGCAUGUUGUUUUUCUGUCUUUUUCCACUCAAAGCUUCACAGUGAAUAUCAGUAUGUUGUGUUUCAGCUCAGUUCACAACCAGCUCCUCUGCAUUUUCAACAAGUCUGUGCUCACUAACAUGUAAUGAUUUAUCUUGAUUUUACUAGGUAUGGGUUAAUUGGCUUUAAGACAUGCUGCUUUAUUCAAUUUAUACACAUGUCAACAUUUUAACUGAAAGUGGGUCUGAGAGGGUUGAUUUUCUGCCUGUCAAAGUUGCCCAUCAGUGUUGGUCAAGUUACUUGAAAAAGGUAAUUAGUUACUAAUUACUUGUCCAAGAAAGUAAU